ACUAGUUCACCUUCACUGGGGCAUGGCUGCAUUUGAACCUGUGGUUGAAUAGUGAAAAAGCUCAGUUGCUCAGUUUAGGACCUUCCAUCCAAAAUGGUGCUUUUAGAGCUUUUUGACCCUGUGAUCCAAUUAGUAUGCCCAAAUUAAUUAUUAUCAAGAAAUCCCAACAGAGCACUCUGACUCCCUUCCCCACAUAUGUGACUUUGAACAGGAUGCAAAUUCUUUGGCUGUAGGUGGCCGUGGUGUAGCUCUGAUUCUUGAUCUUGUGUCAGCUGCUUGACCAUGAUGACUUGGAGGUGAGACACCUCUCUCUCAAAGACAAUGUCUUUCUGGGAGUAUGCAGAAGCAGUGUUUCACUUUAGGACAGGAAGGAAGCCCAGCUUGCAGCAUGCCGUGGAAGUGUUCACCCUUUCUCUCCCUUGCGUGCAGUGCAGUAGCGCGGAGCUACCUUAAAUAAGCUCUGACUAUGACUCUUAUCUUGGCCUUUGCAAACUAGCAGAAAGUUGAAGUGAUGACAGCAGAUAAGGGUGUUAGCUUUUGAAGCUUAUUGGCUGGUUCUUUGGAAAUUUUUUUUUCCCCUGAAAGCCAGUCAUUGAGAGGUAUAGCUGGCAUAGACCAGUUGUUAUAUCCUGCAGAGAGCAUGGAGGGGACCAGAGGGGCUGGGGUCUAGAAGAGCAGAUCUUCUCUCACCAGCUGGCUUAGCUGUGUCACUCUCCUGGGGAUGAGACCUGCGGAACGUUGCCAGCCGUGAGAAAUGCGGACUCGCGUUUUCCCUGACCUUUCUUCACCUUGAAGGAGAGCAGAGCAGAUCCUGGUUGUUAACUUCCCACCUCCCCAGCCUUGGGACAGUGAGAAAAGUUCAGCGUUGCUUGUGGUGCGAGUGAGGGACUGGAGCUGAUUCACAGCAGGGUUACAUAUUAAACCAUCGUAUCAAAGGCGAGCCGCAGUCUGACAAGAAGUGUAACCUGAGGAGAAAGGACACUAGUACGUUGGAGCACGCUGAGGGAUUCUUGCACGACCUGUCACUCUUUCAGUGCUGUAGCCUGAGCAGGUCUUACUGGUUUUUACCGAGGUGGUGGGAGCUGAAUGGGGUGUGGGCUCAUUUCUCUUUGUCCACAGACAUCUCCACAAUCUUCUUUUCUCUUUUUUAAUUCCCCCCUGGAUAUAAAUCGGAGAGACAGUGUUCGUCAAGUUUGCUGCCACCUGGGCUCAACCCAGCUGAAGUAGUUUCAGGAGGAUAUCCUUGCUGCAGCCCUCUGGACGUGCUCUUGGGAGAAGAAGCUAAAGGAAUUUGUUGUCGUUGCUGUAGUCUGAGGAAAAAUACCUCUUUUGACUUUGAAGAGAGCCACCAGGAGGAUCUGUGUGAUGUCCUGAUCUCCUGUUUGCCCUGCUGAGCAUGGGGUAACGGUGUUUGACCAUGGUGGUCACCCAGUUACAACUGGAACUGUGCUUCCAUGGCAGGAAGCUGAGAGGUUUCACCUGCAAGUUGACCAGGUCAGCCAGUGGAUUUCUCCCUGAGACUUCACUCUCCAUUGCCUCCCAGAUUUUUGUGCCAUUCCUUCUGGCUGGCUUAGGCAUGGUAGCUGCUGGCCUCUUGAUGGAUGUUGUUCAACACUGGGAUGUGUUUCGGACAAUUACAGAGGUUUUUAUCCUGGUUCCUGCCUUGGUUGGCCUGAAGGGUAAUCUUGAGAUGACACUGGCAUCCAGGCUCUCAACUGCUGCUAACACUGGACAGAUGGAUGAUGCCCAGAAGCAAUGGAAAAUGGCCACCUGCAAUUUAGCCCUUAUACAGGUCCAGGCCACUGUGGUGGGACUUCUGGCUGCGGUUGCUGCUGUGAUCCUAGGAGCCAUCUCUAAGGGCUCUGUGGAGCUGAGCCAGGCUGCUGUGCUGUGUGCCAGCAGUGUGACCACAGCCUUCAUAGCUGCACUUUCUCUGGGUCUGGUGAUGAUUGGAGUGAUCAUUGGAGCAAGGAAAGUUGGGAUCAAUCCAGACAAUGUCGCCACACCCAUAGCAGCAAGCCUUGGAGACUUGAUAACCCUUUCUCUGCUGGCAGGAAUCAGCAGUACUCUCUUCAAAUACAUAGAUAUUAAAUACCUUUCUCCUCUGAUCUGUGCUGUCUUCAUUGUCAUGAUCCCUCUCUGGGUUGCUAUUGCCAAACAAAGUCCUCCCCUUGCUGAAGUCCUGAAAUCUGGAUGGCAGCCAGUCAUUGUUGCAAUGAGCAUCAGCAGCAUUGGUGGGCUCAUCUUGGACAAAACUGUAACUGACCCAAACUUUGAAGGCAUGGCUGUUUUCACACCUGUGAUUAAUGGUGUUGGAGGGAAUCUGGUCGCCAUCCAGGCCAGCCGUAUAUCCACAUUCCUGCACUUCUGGAGCAUGCCUGGAGUUUUGCCAUACAAGAUGAAGCAGAAUUGGCCUAAUCCAUGCACCACAUUCUUCUCAUCAGAAGUGAAUUCCAAGUCGGCGCGAGUCCUGUUCCUCCUCGUUAUCCCAGGGCACCUCGUCUUCCUCUACACCAUCCAUCUGCUGCAGGGAGGCCACACAUCUCUGUCCUUCACCUUUGUGAUGUUCUACCUGAUUGCUGCUUUGCUGCAGGUGGGAAUCCUGCUCUACGUGGCUGACCUCAUUGUGCGCCUGAUGUGGAGGAAGGCGCUGGAUCCGGAUAAUUUCUCCAUCCCCUACCUCACUGCCCUGGGGGAUCUCCUGGGCACUGGAUUCCUGGCCAUCUGUUUCCGCCUGGUUUGGUUCAUCCACGGUACAGACAUGAACCUGGGGAACUGAGAGACCAUGUGCUGUUCCACAUCACUUGUUUGACAUGGUGCUUUCCUCUAGGAUAACGGGGUACUUGGUGAUGAACGCUGGGUCACCCAGCUGGAUGGGCCUCCCCUGCUGCCCCCCCAGUGCCCUGUGUCUCCUCCCCAUCGUGCCUUACAGCUGGGCUCGCUCGCCCCAAGGAAUCAGCACCAACAGCCUCGUGCCCUGACAAGUGAGCAAGCCAGUUUGCAGCAGUAGCCACCGCUGCUGACCCCUGUGCCCAGCAAACAAGGCACUGGGGAGCAUUUGGGCCAUUUGUAACGAAUGAGCGUUUUGAUGGGUUUCAGCCCCUAGUGUGUCGCAGCCCACAGGGCCUCUCCAAAGCCUGCCAAGGUCACUGCAUCUGAUCCUGCAAGUGGAUGUCUCAGCCUCUCUGUCAGACCCCGACUUUCGAUCAAGGAAAAUUCUUUAUUUACCUCCCUUUCCUCUCCCAUAGAAUGCCUGGAGCUGGAGAGCAGACAGGUCUUUAAACUUGUCUCCUCUCCAUUGCUCAGUUGCUCAGGGUCUGAUGCAGUGAGGGCCUUGCUGGCUCACAUCUAGCAGGAGGUUAUCUAGGGAUACAACCCUGCCCUGGCAGUGGCACUGCUGUCUGACCAGCAGGUUGGAUUGAUUGCAUUCUGGGGGCAGGAAGGUUUGUUUUUACGGUUGAUGAAAUGUUCAGUAGUUAAAGUGUUUAUAGAAACACACACACAAAUAAAA